AUGGGUAAUCAACAAAGCAGCACACAAUUAAGAUCACAAAAACAUGAAGAAUCAACAACAAAUACAGAAAUUUCAAAUUCUUUUAAAUUAAUUUCUGAUAAUGGAGAAGUUAUUAAUUUAAAUCAAUUUAAAGAAAAAUUUGGUGAAAGACUUGGUUCUUCUCUUUGGAAUUUUUUUCAACAAAAUUCUGACAUAAUGGAUAAACAAAAAUUUGAGAAUAUUGCAAAUAAAUUGAAUAAAAUUAGCUCUUUUGGACUUGUUAAAAUUUUAAUUUCUCCAAAAAAUUUGACAUCAAAAGGUGAUGAUAUAAAUUCAACUAAUUUGUGGAUAGAAGAAAAUUGUCCGAGACUUGUUGAGCCUGUUUUUGACAAAAUUAAUAAAAUUUUCUUUGGAAAACAAAAUAUAAUUUUAAAUAAUUUACAAUCAGAAAUUCUGUCUCCAAUUCAAUUUUUUGUUUUACGACAAAGUUUACCAACAACUAUUUUUUGGCCUAAACCUAUAUCAAUUGAUUCUCGGGAGGAUUGGACUUUGCUAUAUUCUAGUACAAAAAAUGGACUUUCUGUAAACAGGUUUGAAGCAAAUGUUUUUGACUAUCGAGGACCGACUGUAGCUAUUUUUAACUUAACUGAUAACCAACUUUAUGGAAUUGCUGCAGAUGAAGAAUGGAGGCACAGCUGCAAGUCUUUUGGGGGCCCUCAAUGUGUACUUUUUAAAUUUUCUCCAGAAUUUAGAAGGAUUGAUUUACCUUCCCCUGCCUUAUAUUGCAAGUUUUUUUUUGAAAUUUUUGUUAUUUAAAUUGUUUUUUUGGAGUCUUUGGGAAUAGGGAAUGAAAGUUUUCUGAUUUUUGUUUUUGAAUAUUUUUGUAUAAUUUAGUGGGGUGGUUUUACUAAAAAUCUAGGUUAAAUUGAACUUCGUACCCGCUCCCUUUUUUUUGCUCAAGAAAGUUUAUAAAUUAUUUUUUAGGUAAUUUCAAACACCGAACAUCCAAACUCGGUUUAUAUUUUGGCAAUUUUUCUCAAUUUUCAAUUGAUGGGGAUUUCAAUAAUGUCCAACAAAUUGAGGUUUGGGGAUGUGCGGGAAUUGAAGCUUUAUCUGACCAAAACAAAACAAAAUGUCGACAAAAAAUGCAAACAGAGAGAAAUGCUAAAGUGCCUUUACCAGGAAAUUGGGAAGAAAAUGCUGACAAAGCUAUUUUGGAAAUG